GCCCCGCCUGCUCCGGCCGCCGGGCGCGGCAGGGGCGCUGGCUCCGUGUCGGCCAACUUUGGUGUUGGCCGCUGAGGAGACCGCAGCCCCUUAUCCAGAGAGGCGGGGAUCGGGGCAAGCCAGGUAUUGCUGGUGUUGCCGAGCAUCUGUGAGGGGAGACUGUGAGAGCUGGACCUGCUCAGAGUGAAAGGGGAUCUCAUUAAUGCGUAUCAAUAUCGCAAAAGCGGGUGCCAAGACCACCGUGCUAGAGUCUUUUCGACGAGGCCCAGCGACACGACAGGGAACAGUGGCCAUAAACUAACUCAGAAGUUUCACCAAGAAGUUCCUCUCAGCGUGAGAAAGAACUUCUGUACACAGACAAUUGAAAUGUUGAAAAUAUCACAAAACAAGAUGUUUGCGGCUUUGAAGUAUCACUCAACAGACUAUUUAUAUGAGAGCAUGGCAAGGCAGAAGUUUUCCAUCUGGAAAUUAUCACUUUGCUUUCCUCCCUGUUUGCAUCAAGAUGAAAAGUAUCAUCUCAAUGGACUCUUUGCUGAUGAUAAGUAUAGGAAGCCAUGGACUAGAAUUGGUUCAACACAGAACAUGAUUGCUAUUUCAGUAUUGGAUCAGUGGAAGAAAAGUUUACUUGUGGAGGAUUUCCUAGAAAAGAAACCUAUCUCCUCUGUAGAGUUUCAGGCUAGCAAUGAUUUAAUAGAAGUUAUUCCAAGCUCAAAUCCUUGCUCUCAGACUGGCACAGAAGAGUGUUUUUUACUUACGAAGAAUGGUUUUAAGGGAGACUCCACCCAAGACAAGUAUUUGAAGAUUUACUAUGCCACUGAAUUUAAAGAACCACAGCAAGAUUUAUGUUUGGAAGAAGAGUUUGUUUUUAUUGAUAAUCUGGAAAAUUUUCGUAGAAAACUGCCAACAUUAUCUAUACUUCUCAGCAGACUACAGUUUUUUUUAGUGAAAGAUCCCCUUUUAGAUUCUAAAGGACAGAUUUUAAGAGCAGACGAUAUUUUCAGGGAAUGUUUGACUUUCCAAAAUGACAUUAAGAUGGAAGAGAGUCAAAAUGAAUUGCAGGGGAUUAAGGAGAAUUUCUGUACUGUAUCUAUAAAAGAUGAAGAGUAUUUCCUGUUACCUGCUGAAUUAGAAUUUGGCAAACCCAGCAAUGGCAGAUCUGAUUGUGUUAAGAUUCCAUCAUACUUGCAACUGAAAGAGGUGUUAAACGUAACUCCAGUCACUGUAGAUGAUGAAGACCUUUGCAAACAGGUGAUCAGAGAAGAUCUCAAAGCAGCAAUUACAUACAAAAUAGAAAUUUCCAAGUACUGUGCCAUUCCACAAGAGGUUUGCUCCAGUAUUAGCACAACUGAAUAUAUUCCAUAUUUGAAAGAUGAAAUGGAAAUGCCUUUAACUCCUCCAUGCAGACAACAAAGAUCAUGGGUUAAUUUUCUGUGCAGAGGACUUCAAGAAGAACCUAUUUCUCUCUCUGGUAACAGUAUUUUGAUUGCAGAGCCCUCUAGGGAAUUCUUAGAAUCUUUGGUUUGGCAAUCAGAGAAGUAUCGGGAUAAUAUGAGCUCUCUUUUGCUUGUCGAGCAUCCAGAUGUUAACCUUGAACAUCAGCAUCAUUCACUGACUGAACUACAGAAAAAGCUGCCAGUUGAGAUAGAAGCACCAAUGCUUGGAUCACUAGAGGUGGGCUGGUGGCUUCAUACAGGUUUAAGUCUAGCAGCUGUAGAAAUUUUGGAACAAUUGAAUAUGGAUGGAAGUAAUGCAAACAGUCUGCUUCCUACAGAAAUAGAAACAUUCACAAAAUUUACAUCGUAUCAAUUGGAAAGAUGGCUUGAAGAGAAGAAUUCUGUUACGAACCAAGAGCUGCUGUCUGCUGAAAGACAUCAGUCAGAGAAAGUAGUUAACCCUGACCUGUCACUGCAGAUUCAAAGGCAGUACUUUGCCACAAGUGCUGCAUCAUCUGCCAACAUUCACAGUACAAAUACAUCUGUGGAAGACCUUACUGGAGGAAGCAUAAGAAAGAUUAAGACAGAAGAGGCAAUUUGUUUCUUAAACCAAGAAAAGAAAAUCCCCAAACCAUCUGAAUCACAGAGCUGUAAAGAUGUGUCUUCCAAACUAGACAAAUCAUCCUGUAGUGGAAAGCCUGCAUCACUUGCACUUGCUUCUAAAUGGGCCAACGAUGAUUCUGAUUUGAACAACUUUAUUAUGAUGAGAUCUAAGCAUAUAGUCACCCAAAGAGAAGAAAAACAUUAUGUAGAUAGACCUGAAAAUGUGGUACAGCCUGAAGAGCAGCAUAUGUGUGUUCACAAAGAUGAUGAUUCUGUUUGUGAGACUGUAAAAAUAGAGGAAAGAACUCCAGAGAAUGAAGACAGUAUCACUGUCAAUAUUCAACCAUCAGAAAGCCAAUUCCAGGCAUUUUGCCUCUUGGAAGAAGCAGCCAUCCCUGUACUAAAGGAUUUGACACAUCUGGGUGUACUUGCUUCUGUUACUUGGAGCUUUGACAGUGUUAAAUUUGAUCAUACAAGGUUUUUCUUAAAACAGCAAGAGAAAGUGAUAUGUGAUAAUUUUCAACAAGGUAAAAUAGAUGAGAAGGAAAUCAUGCUGUUCAGACAUGCUGCUCUGGUACACCUGCUGGUGACAGUUCGAGAUUUGCUACUAACAUGUGGCUUGGAUACAGCUCUAGGUUAUUUGUCCAAGGCAAAGGAUAUCUAUAAAAACAUUUUAGAAUCCUGUUUGAAUAAUAUCUGGAGGCAGUUGAAGAUUAUACAGUACAGCAGCCAGAAAAAGCAUGAAACUCAUCCCAAAAUAACAGCACUUCAGUGUGAAAUGUUAAAUUGGAUGAAAAGUUAUGGAGAGAAACAGAGUGUUAAGAUACUAAUCAUUACAAGGAUGGACUCUGAAAAAGCUGCCUUCAUUCACCCAUUAUCUGGGAUAGAUGGCUUGAAAGUUGUGGAUUUGAAUUCUGAGAAGAAAGGAAGCCCUUUAAGUUGUAAAGAGAUAAUAAGCAAUCUUAGUAGAUAUUCCUGUAUUAUUGUACAUAAUCAGCAAAUUGGAGCUGACUUCCCUUGGACACACUUCUCAUUAGUAAUGGAAUAUGAUUACUCUGAAAAUUCUGGCUGGAAAAAUCUGUGCAAAAAUCUGAAUGUUACUUACAUGACUUUUAAAACCACCCUCCCUGGAACAAUACAAAUGGGGAGUCAUGGUGGUUCCUUUCUUCUGGAAGUACAGAUUCCAUAUGUAUUUCUGACAACUGAAGGUCUUCUUAAUAUGCCAGAUAUUCUUCAGCUUUUUGAAUCCAAGUACAGCAUUACCUUUGUUGAAAGAAGCAGUAGUUACUCCUUAAGGCUUUUUGGAAGUAUAGAUCGUUAUGUUGUAUUGACAAUAGAUGAAGGUACUGCUAUCUUUUUACAGAGUAUGGAAGAACUAAAUUAUGAGGACUCUUGUGACACUGUAAUAUCGAGACUGAUGGCAUUAUCACUCCAAUAUAUGUGCUGUUGGAUUAUUUUCUAUUCCAGAGAAAGACUGAGUUCAGAGUACAGUCUCAAGGGAAAUACUCUGCUUAAUCUUGUCUUAAUUUAUGCCACUGUAAUUGAACUUACACAGAAGUCAGAAGACUUUGAAGUGAAGGUAAUUCUUACUCCAGGGAUUGAAGAGACAGCACUGGUAAUUCGUCAGAUUGCUGACAACAUUUUGAUAGCAUCUAAUAUCAGUCCUCAUGAGUGGCUGGACAAAUCCUGGCUUUCUGUCUUGCCAUCUGAGACCGAGAAAUGCUUGCUUACUUUUCCAUGUAUCAAUCCUUUGGUUGCUCAGUUUAUGUUAAAGAAGGGGUCUUCACUGAACAGGUUAUUUCUUGCAAGCUUUGAUCAACUCCAGGAACUUCUGCCAGAGGUUCCAAAAAAAGUUUUAAAGCAUUUCAGUGACAUAGUAUCUUCAUACAGCCUAAAUACUGCCGCUCCUCUAGAAAAAACACUGAAAAGUGCAUCACGCCCAGAAAACCAGAAUAAUUUCAACACAUUGUACCUUGACAAUAAACAAAAUUGUCAGAUUUUAGAUCUGCUUGAUAAGGCACAAAACAACACAGGAAUGUCUCAUAUGAAUUUUGAACCCCUAAUUCCUCCACUGAAUCAUCGUAAGGGUGUUUUAAAUUCUGAUCUUCCAAGCUGUAUGCGAAAGAAAGCAUGCUUAUCAGAUGUAAUUACAAGGAGGAAGCCAGAUUUCAUUGCUGUGUCAAAGGACUAUGAAGAUUUUGCUCAUCUAGAAGUUAAAAAUUCUCUCCAUGUUCAAAGACAGCCUUUCAGGAUGCAUGAUAGCUCUGAUAAUUCUUCCAAAGACUGUGAAAAAGAGGACUUCUUUGCAACUUUCAGUGACUGUGCACCUCAGGAAAGUUUUAAGAGUUUUCUAGAAGAAUUUACAGACACAACAUGUAACAGCCCAGAAAUUCAAAUUGCCCAGCCUCUGUGGAAUGACUCUUUAUCCACAAGCCCACAUAAUUCACUUGCGCAUGAUGAUUUUCUCUCUGAUUUCUUUGAUGGUAUGGAUAAGCUUCCAAAUCUGAAUUUUAACCAAAUAGGUGGAGGAUCUACAGGAAAGAGAAAACAAAGGCCUCCAUUCUUCUGGACCAAAGAAAAUAUUAAAACAGAUUCAGGAUUUCCAGAAGUACAGGAGUUCAAAAAAAGGAAAUUGACAUAUGAAAGAGUCCCUGGAAGAAGAGAUGGACAAACACGUCUUAAAUUCUUUUGAGCAGAAUGGGGAUUUGCAUAUUACAUACUUCUUUUAUUCAUUCUUGAACUCUUUAAAAGGGAAAUAAAUUAUUGUUAGUUUUUAGAAAGAAGUUAGGAUUUGGAAAUUCUUACUAGAUCAGGAUUCUUCUGUAUGUUUUUUAAAUUUUGCUAAACAAACUAGUUUCUUGAAGCUGCAUAAUUACUGUUUCUCUGUUGUCAUGGGUGAAUGACUUUAUCACUCUUUAUAUAUUAAAAAAAUAUUAAUGGAAAAAAACAGAUGCUGAGGCUUGCUCUGAGUUUUCAAGGCACCUGUGUUUGCUCCCUGAGCCUGCUGCUUUUCCAGUGUAAAGGACAGGCUAGAUCUGCCAAAAUCUCAAGACAUCUCAAGGCUUCUCAAAGUCUCAGAGAUUUCUUGCUGUUGCAGCUGUGACUUUUGUAGCUGUCCCCUGGGCUCUGUUCUACUUUUCUUCUGACAGCUUCUUCAGGAAUGAGUUCCUGAGCUCAUUUUAAUCAUACUUAGUCUAGGAAAAAGCUCUUUGUUUUAUGGACAACAUGAGAAGACUGCAUUGAAAUUUAGCAUUCUCAUAGAUUUGAUUCAGGGAACUAAGCUGUGACCCUCACCCCAACCUGCUGGAGGCCAUUUGUUGGCAUCCAUGUUUUUCAGCCUUCUGCAGGGUAUUGGCAAGUAUGGGGGGGAUGAAAGUCAUCUGGGAGGCAGAUCCAGAUAUUAUAGGGUACAAAUAGAAGGGGUAAAAGAUUGGAUUAAAAAAAAAAUUUUUCUCAGUUACAGGAUAGGAUAGUACCCAAACCCUCACCUUCCAUCAAAAGAUUUGGCAACAAAACUGGAAAUAUGUGUGGGAGCAAUGGGAGACAGUAACUCCAUUCUGCUGCAGGAAUGCAUAAACGGUUUGCACAGGCAUGCCAGCCAGAUCCAGAAUGUCUCUCUCUGUUCAGGGACCUUCAGUUGAGAUGAUUCAGGUUUCAAACUCAUUAAUCUUUUUUAAUUUGAUGCAGUAACAGAAGGGGGGGCAGGCAGGGAAGUAGUAAAAGAGAAACCACCAAGUUUAAGGUUUAUGCUUGCAUUUAAAUAUUUGACAUUAAACCUUCGUUAAGCACAUAUUCUCUAUUUGAGUAAAUGAAACCAGCACUUAGGGAAGAAAGAUUUGGUCUCUCAGAGAAAACAGAGUGCUGGUUUUUGACUGAAUUCUUGAAAAAAGCUUGAAAAAGCUAUGACAGCACUAACUGCAAUUUUAAUUCACAGUCAUAUACCUGAAUUAUUUGUACACUGAUUGUGUGGAAGAUUUGAGAAAAUUCCUUUCACAAGUGGUAACAUAAAAAGAUUUCUCAUAAAAUUGCAAACAAGACACUGUUUCCUAGAAUAAGAGAAACACUGAAAUAAAAGUUGCAAUUUGCUUACUAUACAUGGCCCAUUUUUGUGGUCACCUAACCAAACCAUUUUACUUCUUCUGCAUCAUGGGUUAUGUUGUUCAGAACUACCACCCAGAUUUCUAGAACCAGGAAUUUGGUUUUUUUAAAGUACAGCUCUACAAAGUCUCAGUCACAGAUGACCACAGUUUGAGAAAAUUAUAGCUGCCAGUGCCAAGUUAUGUAUUUAUGUUCUCCUCUUCCACAGGCAAAGGCUGACACCAGAACUUCCACAUGAACAGUUGUGAAAGCAUAGCAUAGAUAAUCUGUCAAUAACUUUAAAAACAAAGGCAUAUUGUCUACAUUAAAUAAAAAUAUUCAAGUGCUGUUAGUGUUAAGUUUCCAUUAGGUAGAAAAAAAGUCAGUGUACAAUUAAAUUACUGGUAAUGUAGUGGAAGAUAAGGAAAAGGGCUUGCAAUGAUCAAUUGUUUUUUACAGUAUUUCUUUAUGACAAAUCUCAGUCUCUCACAGAUAUGGACACAUUGACAAAUUUAUAAAUUACAUUCUUCCCCCUCCUUUUGUCUGUUUAA